CGCUCCAGCCUCCUCCUCUAAUCCCCUCUGUCCUCCCCACUCUUCCUCCUCCUCGUCCUCAACCGCAUCCUCUCCGAUAAAAGGCACAUCGGGGCGUAUCUGGCUGACGAAUAGCCAUCUGACGGGCACCAUAUUGGCUUGGAGGUACGCGGAUCAGCGUCCACGACUCUGCUCGCGGACACAAGUUGCCCACUGCUGAUGGUGCGAUUGAGGAGCAGCCAGUGACGCAGCGGGGAGAGGGAGCGCGUCCACGGAGGCGCUUUCUUUGGGAAUAUAGCGAGGCGAGAUCGCGGUCUCACCUGGUUCACGACUGGACCUGAUCGGACGAAAGGUUCGCACCAGCCCACUGGGAGGACUGGGAGGAGACGCCGGAUCUGAAACCAGCAUGCGAUCCACAUAAGAACCCCACAGCUCCCCAUGCAGUGUUGAAAGCAGUAUCACUGGGAGGUGAAAAGGAGUUGAUUGCCAAACGUAGACACCAUGAACACGGAACUCCUCGUGUGGCAGCUCCUCUCUGAACGGUUGGAGGUCAAGGUAUUCCCUAACCAUUUAUGGAGAACCACUCCCCUGUAAGACAGAGACAAUGCUAGUGUUCAACAUCAUGGAUAAACUGCUGGCUCAACUCCACUUCCUGCUGCUCUGCCUAACUCUUUGUGCUGGAAUACUUCAGUUCACUGCUGCCACGAUACAGGGCUACAUCAGUGACAGGGACAUCAUUUGCCCGUCUGUUUGCAGAUGUGACGAGGAUUUCAUUUACUGUAAUGACCGUGGCCUGAGCUUCAUUCCGUCACUGCCUCCGACUGCUUCUGUUCUCUACCUGCAAAACAACCAGAUUAACAAUCCGGGAUUGCCCACCUCAUUGGAGCAUCAACUAACAGUCCGUGUUGUUUACCUUUAUGACAACGAGCUGGAUGAAUUCCCCCUUCACCUCCCUCCAUCUGUCCGGGAAUUGCAUUUACAGGAUAACAAUAUCCGCACGAUUCCUCGUAGUGCGCUUGCUAGAAUGCCUUUGCUGGAGAAACUCCACCUGGAUGACAAUUCAAUAUCUACUGUCAGUAUUGAGGAUCAAGCUUUUGCUGAUAAUCCCAGAUUGCGCCUGCUGUUUCUCUCACGAAACCAUCUAUCUAGUAUACCCUCAGGCUUGCCUGCGUCCCUGGAGGAGCUCCGUCUGGAUGACAACAGAAUCUCCACCAUCCCCACUCAUGCUUUCCGAGGCCUCGCUUCACUGAGAUGCCUUGUCCUGGAUGGAAAUCUUUUAGCCAAUCAACGCAUAGCAGAUGACACGUUCUCCCGUCUCUCCAACUUGACUGAGCUGUCCCUCGUCCGUAACUCACUCCAGACUCCACCUGUCAACCUUCCCAAAGCUCAUCUGCAGCGUCUGUCGCUUCAGGAAAACGCCCUGACUCACAUGCCCCGUGGUUCUUUGGACGGAAUGCACCGGUUGCAGAGGCUGGACUUAUCAGGAAAUAAUCUUACCACCCUCCCAAGGGGGCUGUUUAAAGACCUGGAUAACUUGGGUCAGCUGCUGGUGCGGGGUAACCCUUGGCACUGUGGCUGUAACUUGCGGUGGCUCUACGACUGGUUGCAUUCACGAGGUAACGCGAUCACUGUCAGGGGUCUCACUUGCCAUGGGCCUGAUAGAGUGCGAGACAUGGCUUUGAAAGAUCUGAGCAGUGAGAUGGAAGACUGUGAAGUUGUAAAACCUGCAUUACCAAGAGAUAAAUUGGGUGGGAGUGUCGUUGAUAGCUCCACCACCAACACCCCUCCACAGGGCUCCCUCUUUACUCUUCGCUCGAAAAAACCUGGCUUUGGCCUCCCUGACUCUGCCGUGGACUACACUCUUAGCAGCAGUGGUGUGGGGAAAAGUCUCGCCCUCAAUGUGAAGGCUCUCUCUCACAAUAGCGUUCGUGUGACAUGGAGUGUGGCCCAGCCCAGCUCCUCCUUUAGGCUGAGUUGGCUACGUUUAGGUCCAGGGAAUGCAAUGGGGUCAAUGACGGAGACGUUGGUCCGUGGGGACAGGCGAGAAUACCUGUUGACGUCCUUGCAACCGCAAUCCAGCUACAUCAUCUGCAUGGUGCCACUGGCUGCAAGUUCAGAAAACAAAGGAAUGAUUUCUUCAGACGCAGAUUCUGAGGAUGCUCUCGUCUGUGCCAAAGCUGAGACGUCAGAUCCAAGCACAACUGAGGAGGAGGAGGAUCAAGAUUCACAGCCUAUGACAGUGCUGCCCCUUGCGGGGAUUAUUGGAGGAGCCACUGCAAUUGUGUCACUGGCUCUAAUUUUUGGCAUCUUCUGCUGGUACGGCCACAGAAGUGGCCAUUUCUGUUCUCGUGACCACUACACCCGCAACAGCUCGAGAAAAAGCAAAAGUUAUGAUGACUACAUUGAGUCUGGUACCAAGAAGGACAAUACCAUCCUGGAGAUCCGAGGGCCAGGAUUCCAGAUGACACCAAUGGUGGCUUGUCCACCAAUGCAACCUAAACCCCUCCAGGAGGAUUACAUAAUCCACACCAUAUACCCUUCGAAUGGCACUGGCCUUUAUAAGGGGGUCAACCAUGUUUCUAAUGCAGCGCAAGGCACCAACCGAGGUUACAGAGAAGGAGGAAUCCCAGAUGUAGACUACUGCUACACAUGAUGUACUGAACCACAUCCUGUUCACAGUGAACUGUAUAGAUGCACAAUUUCCGUUCGCAUGGACACGACUGAAGCACCCCACUGUGCCUUCUUCUUCUGGUCUCCCAUUCCAAACGAUCUGCUGUUCACAAUACGAUCAACGUAUACGUAUAAGACUGCGCGAGAACAGGUCUUUGCAAGAUCAGCCCGUUGUGCAGAAGUAAAUGCACAGCUGACAGUUUCUUCACCAUCUUAGUAAUGGUUCAUUUUCCUUUCUGCUCUCCCAAGAGACUCCUGAGCAAAGAAUGUAUCCACUGUGGAGAGGCCGUACGAAAAGGAAGCGCAGACAGGAGCCACGAUUCAAAAUAUGAUCGACAAUUGAUGAGAAGAAACACGUUUCCAGUGACAAUGUCAUGCUUGCAACUCAUGUGAAGCUCUGUCAUCUUGCUCCAAAUGCCUCAACUAUAUUCAUGUGCCCUACCAAGUUAUCAGGGAAAGGGCUUUGUAAUGCUGUGAAUUGUUUGAUUUCCGAUGACCCAAUAACCACCUGUCUUAAGGUUGAACUAAGCUUGUUCUUGCAUUGUUCAGUAGUUGGUAAGCUGACCAGCCUUGGUUAUACCUCGCUAGAACUUUGACCUGAUUUCAGUAUUGUAGUGGUACAUCUGAAUUAAUGCAGCCUAAGUGUGUAGAUAAUUUCCUUGGAUGCCAAUUGUUUGGUUGUUUUUUGUUUUUUUAAACAAUGCUUUAUAUUUGGUUUGUUCGUGUCAAUCCAUGCAUCCGUAUUUAUUUUAUUUUUUAAUGUGGUGUUUUGUUGUUGUUGUGGUUGCUGACUUUCUUUUUCACUCCACCGUAGUCUUAUCCGACUAUUCAUCAUUACUGAUAAGACCCCGCUCUAUUGAGACGACAAAUUUAUUUAUCCAAAAAAAAACAACAAAGUAAUGAGAAGUAAUGACAGUAUAAUUAUUCCCAGGCUUGUGUUUGUUUGAAGUCAUUCAAAUGAAUUCCUGCGUGAAACUGUUUUAACGUGUGUUUUUCAAAAGAGAACCCACCCAAAGACGAGCAUGUGAGUCCACUGAGGCAGUCUAAGCAACCUCAGCCCCCUUUUUCUUAUCCUGUGCCUGUGUUUACUAAACCUGUGACUCCAUCUGGUGACUUAUGGUUAUAAACCUUUUUCUAAAAGUGAUUCCUCGACAGCUAGAGCUGGGACAAACUGAUCUGGAUCAUGUUGUGUCACAUGGAGAACCUGGAAGUUAGGGAAUGAACUCUGAGGAGACUGGAACGGUGCUGUGUGUGGCAGUCACACUGUGGGUGGGUGGAUGGACAGAUUGGGGGGGUGCGGUGGUGAGGUUCCUCCUCCGUGAGUGACAUUUAAUUGAUGUUUGUUUUAGCAACAGUAAAAAAUGCCAUUCGUCCCUCCUCUUUUAUUACUGGGCAGCAGAGAAAAUGUAAAUGUUCUAGCACUUAACAGAAUGGGGAUACACAUAACAAGAGUCAUGGGGGGCGGAGAACCAGGGAACAAAGAUGCAGAAUUGAUAGCUCUGCCCUGAUGGCGUUCACACAUUCAUAAAUCUGUUUGUCAUCCCCAGACUCUCCUCUUGGGUGUAAUAUUGUCCAGCAGCUGUUUACCACUGUGUUGCUUCCUAAAAGCGGAAACCAAUUGUGCUUCCUUGACUGUUCUGCCUGCCAGAGUUUCUCACUGGUUCCAGAUAACACGUCAGUGGAAUGUAUAUUUAUUUUUGCAACCUGAAUCACUGGCUGAGACAACCGACAAUACCUUUCUGUCUUGAAUUCUGUUUUCCAGUGAGGACUGACAUGGGUGAAACACACAUAUUUCCUUGUCAUUUGUAUAAAUAAAACCAUGGCAACAUUUUAUUUUUUUCAGUCAAAUCAUAGAAAAAGUAUUGUGCCAUAACUUUGCAUAAAAAAAAAUAUGUGAAAUUGACAUCUUUGUGAAACGUGCUUUUUAAUUUAAUCUUAAGGGAUCAAAUAAAAGUUUUAUAAUCUUGUAGUUACUGCAACACAUCAGUGCAUACAAGGGUUAGUGAUUGAUUCAGAGUCACCAAAGCUGAGAGGUAGUCCAUGUGUAAAAUGUGACCCCUAACAUGGUCAGUCAACAACAUCUCUGGUGAUCGAUGCUAGUCAGGUUUUCUGUGAGAGAAAUGAAAAAACAAACUAGAUCAUCAUGGACUUUGUCAAGAUCCAAGACAUUUCAGGUGUCAUCAAAAGGGUCAUCAUCAUGCAUCUUUCCAAAAGGGAAACGUUGAAUUCACCUCAGAUUAAUCCGUGUCAAAACAACAGAUGAGUAAAGUAAUGUUUACCACAUUCUUCUUGUCACUCUCUGCCACCAGGUCAUUUAUCAAGCCAUUGUCCUCAGCACAGUGAGUACCACUCACACUACUUACUGUACUGUAUGUCUCUGGUGGUUUUGAAAAUUCACUCUUGUUCCAUCACUUUUCAUGGUGAGUGCAUUCACAAUUCAAAUAGCGGUGACCUGGAUAUUGGACGAUAACCCACUUCUUGCCACUCGUAGAUGAUUUAAAACCAACCACUAUAAAUUUUAAUGUUCACUGAGUGGAAACGUGGAGAGAGGUGAAGUAAGAGACAAACAACACUGAAAGUGAGGAGAAUGGAACGCCACACAGAGAGAACAGGCCGAUAGUUGAACACUGAAUUGUUGUAAAAAGCAACAGCUCUGGUGAUGAUAUAUCAAAAGCACUCUGGGUAAAAAGUAUUUAUUUUGCUUGUUGAUUCUACCGGCGCUGAAUGGUCACCUUCUUGCAUUGUUUCCAUGGCAAUGCCGAUGCUUCAAAGCUUCUCUUUGUGGAGUACGGAUUUGUCUGUUGAUAUUGACCCGCUUCAACAGGAGAGGUGAGUGACAGCUUCAAACUGGAUCUCGACAUAAUCUCCAUCCCCAAGAGAAGCUGCUGAGCUUUAACUACUGAAGCUGGUGAUGCGACAGUUUUCAGGACAGGAGUGCCUCACUGUACUUUUGCAUUUUCACUGGUCCCAUUACAGCAUUCUUUGCUGCCUUGGCAGGUUACAUUAUCACCUCAGGAGAGCACAUCGUGGAGUAAUGAAGCACUGAUGUGUAGUAAUGCACACACCUCAUAGUAGGGCAAACUCCAAAUGUGUCAAUGCUGUUGAAUCACUUCUGCUUUUCUUUGCUUCAUUGUUUGAACCUAUUGAAUACAGAGCUCGGAGUCUAUUCAUUCCAACAUUUGACAUAAAAUCUUCCUUUGGCAGUUGUUAAACCACUGCAGACAUAUUGGAGACUACACACGUGCAUCAGCAAUGUUAUCUCAUGUCUGUGUUGAGAUGGAAUUGACUGGAUAUCAACAGCAUUUGUCGUGUCCUGUUGCAGCCAGAGAGCUUGAUGAUGUACAGUAUGAAAAUAUGACAUAUGACACAUGUGUCUUCAUUCAUCCACAACACCUCCGCAAGGUGAGGAGCCUGAUGUGGGGCUCAACACUAUAGGGAGCGGACGUAAACAAACAUGGCUGACCGCCAUGCUAUUUCUGACAUUAUACAGCCCGACUCUGUGGAACAUGUCAGCAGUUACUAUUUUAAUCACCUAUAUUAAUCGGCCGCUGAACAAUUCCAGUCACACACACACAAACAUUCCCCACCUUUAUCUCUCGGACUCUGCCUAUCCAAACAUCCAUCAGUCUCCGCCCUUGUGAGGAGCUCCAUUACAAAACAAAGAACACACUUUACGCUGUCAGCCUUGAAACUACUCACAGAACAUAAUGCUAAAAGAUGUGCAUAUUUUAUCACAAUUUUUUAAGUUUAUUUUGUGUGUGUUUGGCACACUUGAAAUACUCAUUGCUAGCAAAUAAAGUAUAUAUUGUUAAAAUAUCUCACAGCCUUUUUGUAGGCUAAAAACUGACAAUAUUUUAUUUUUACAAGCUAAUUUACAAAAGUCCUUAUUUCAAGUCAUGUUGUUCUUGAACCAUAAAUGAUCCCAACCUUCACUACAUUUUUUUUAUAAUGUAUUUGGCCCCCCAAAAAAUUCCAGGAAAUUCUGGAGGGACUGACUUGUUAAAAAUAAAUAUAGGUCAUGGUAAAAGAGGGAUCAUUUUGUUCUCAAACAAAUUCACAACUAAUUCACCAGUCACCUUGAAAGACAGUAGAAUGUGUCUUAUUGAUGUUUUAAUUGCUGAUAUUUUGGACAAUUUGUUUAAAAUGCAUCCUCAAGGUCAAUCCUUUUUAAAAUGAUCAAUUGACUUGAAAUGUCAGCUGUCCUCUCACGAGACAAGACGUCUGUGCAGAACAUACAAUUGCACUAUUGUACAAUACAAUUGAACGGCAUGUUUCUGUAAAAUGUGAUCCCGUUGUGGUCAUGUACGAUUACCAACCCUAACUCUUCCUGAAAUGUGACCACGAUGGGAUGGUAACCUCUCGCAGCGGGUGGCCGGCCAGUCGGCUGUGCUGAGGGAAGAAAACCCUUUUAUGUUUCUCACCUUGCCGUUGAGUCUAACAUGACCAUAUUUUGGCUCCACAGUGUAAGAGUUUUCAUGUCCGUGCUUACGUUCACCUUUCUCCUCCCAGUUUUGCACAUUCUUUUUUUUCCCUCUCACUGAUUCCACCACAUAACUGUGUGACGAAACAAGAUGAGAGGACACAUGGUGCUGGUAAGCAGAAACAGUGAUUGAUUUAUUUGUCCUUUUACGGUUACAAAUUCAUCCUUUGGUCUCUUUAUUCGCCACAUUUCCCACCCACGUCCAAACACCUGCCAUGUCCUGCUUUGAGUAAGUAUGUCGGAAAUGUUUUCCAGCACUCGAAUAAUUGGCAACAGAGAGGUCUGACAGACUUCAUGGUGGUGGAGAGCGAGAGAGAGUUGGAAUUGUAAAUGAAGAAUGGUGAAUGCAGGACACAAUGCCAGACAGAUCACCUCAAUUAUUGUUUUUUGCUUUUCCUUCAAAGAAGUCUCAUGCUACAGACACCUCAAUGACGCUGAAUGCAACUGACUAAACCUAGGCUUAAAUUGUCCCUGCAAAGGCUCUGUACAGCAGAUGGUGUAUGCUGCCAAAGCUACAGGAGUUCAGGAUGAUGUGUUCACUGGGCACAUGAAGUGUGUUUUGACAUGGAAUGGUUAAGUACAAUUUGAACCCAGGUAAACUGGGUCACACCGAGCCAUCGGGGGAGGUGACUCACACACUCCUGUUUGUGAUAUGAGGCAAGUGGGCUGCUAUGUCUGCUCACUGCCAACAACUCUUGAGAGUAAUUUGUCAGUUGGGCGAGUCGACACUGCAUCAAGAGCAGCAAGGCUGUCAGCUAGGGAGGCCUUUGAAUUAACUUACCACAGGGUUUGAUUCUAAAUCAAGCAAUGAAAGAAUCCAUCCAAUCC